AUGGCGGCAUGCGCAAGGCGCGCAAAGCGCAUGGCGCCUUUCCUGCACCUCGCGGCCAACAACCAUGCGCUUCCCGUCACAACCCUGGCUCUCAACAGCAUGUCCCCACUGCUGGGCGGCAAGAGCGAGCGGGCUGUCGACGAUCACGCGCAGCAGCUUGCGCAGUACGCCGUUGGUGAGAUUGGUGCGAAGACGAACGUUGCUGAUCUGUCGCUGGUGCGCGUGUCCAAGUUGUCAACCCAGGUGGUGGCCGGUAUCAAGUACUACUUUGAGCUUGAGACCAAGGACAAGGCCGGGGCCACGCGCCAUUACGAGGCGCAGGUCUGGGAGAAGCCGGGUGGGUACGACAACGGGGCCAACGUGGAGCUGCUCAACUACAAGGAGGCCCCUCAGACCAACGGCAGCGUCGACAUGAGCGGCCACAGCGAGGAUUGGGCGGUCGCGGCGCAGUCUGCUGUGGCCCAGAUCAACAUGCGCUCCAACAGCCUCAUUCCCUACGAGCUGGUUGAGGUGAAGUCAUCCAGCGCCCUGGAGGGCGGCGCCGCCAACCUGGUGCUCCAGCUGAAGCGUGGGGACAAGCAUGAGGCCAUGAACGUGCAUGUCGAGCCCAGGGACGGCGGUCGCUUCGGCCUCGUCAACUUUGCGCCCGUCAAUUGA